CCGAUUAACCCUCAAGUGCUCGGCCCGCUCCGAGUUUGUUUACCGAGAAACUCCACCGGUUCCGCGACGAGAGAAAAGCGAGCGGGAACAAUUUCCCGGGAAAAAGUUAUCGAGAGAAUGCUGCAAUGCAUCUUCCUCCUCUCCGAUUCUGGGGAGGUAAUGCUUGAGAAGCAAUGGACAGGACAUCAAGUGGACAGAUCCAUAUGUUCAUGGUUUUGGGGGCAUGUUUUGUCCCAAGGUGGUUCUUCUAAGGUUCCUCCUGUAAUUGCUUCACCAACACAUUAUCUCUUCCAAAUUGUUCGAGAGGGGAUUACGUUUUUAGGAUGUUCACAGGUUGAAAUGCCGCCAUUAAUGGCACUAGAUUUUCUGGGCAGGGUAGCAGAUGUCCUCUCAGAUUAUCUUGGAAGUUUGGAUGAAGAUUUGAUAAAGGAUAAUUUUGUCAUUGUAUAUGAGCUUUUAGAUGAGUUGAUGGACAAUGGCUUUCCCUUAACAACUGAACCAAACAUUUUGAAGGAGAUGAUAGCCCCACCAAAUCUUGUCAACAAGGUUUUAAAUGCUGUUACUGGUACCAGUUCAAGCAUGAGCAACACCCUUCCCAGUGCGACAGCUUCCACUGUUCCUUGGAGAACAAGUAACACAAAGCAUGCUAACAAUGAGGUCUAUGUUGAUCUUGUUGAACAACUCGAUGCAACAGUGAGCAGAGAUGGGCAUCUUGUCAACUGUGAAAUCUAUGGUGAAGUACAAGUAAAUUCUCAUCUUUCUGGUCUUCCUGACUUGACACUGUCUUUUGCAAACCCGUCUAUCCUGAAUGAUGUGAGGUUUCAUCCUUGCGUUCGGUUCAGGCCAUGGGAAUCACAUCAGAUUUUGUCAUUUGUACCUCCUGAUGGGCAGUUCAAGCUGAUGAGCUACAGGGUGGCAAAUCUGAAGAAUACUCCAAUCUAUGUAAAACCUCAAUUUAGCUCUGAUGCUGGGACUUGUCGAGUUCAUGUUCUGGUUGGAAUGCGUUGCGAUCCAGGCAAACAAAUUGAUUCCAUAACAGUUGAAUUCCAGUUGCCAUCUUGCGUUGUAUCAACAGAUUUAACUUCAAAUCAUGGAAUGGUUAAUGUUCUGGCUGACAAGGUCUGUUCAUGGUCUAUAGGCCGAAUACCAAAAGACAAGGGUCCAUCAUUGUCGGGGACAUUGCGCUUGGCAGCCGGUUUGGAACGCAUGCAUGUAUUUCCUACAUUUGUUGUUGGUUUCAAGAUCAUGGGUGUUGCUCUUUCAGGUCUGCAGAUUGAUAAAUUGGACCUUUUGAAUCUGCCUUACCGACCAUACAAAGGGUUUCGAGCUCUUACACGUGCUGGUAUCUACGAGGUAAGGGGCUAGUAGAAUACAUGCUGGUGACAUCUUGAUAUAUUUGAAAUGUCAUUGUAGCAAGGACACCUGGCAAUCAAUCACAUUUUUUCAUUUUUUUUCGGUUUCUGUGGUUCUCUGCUUUGUGCAAUUUUUUGCGAGGUAUUUUCUGGCUGUGUAUGGUGACGAUGGUGCAGAUGAGACCGUGGAUUGCUAUGUUUACAUUUUUGUAAUAGUUUUUUGUUUGUUUA